UCUGUGUAACGUGAGAAAAACACAGGCAUCAGAAUCGCUUAGACCAUAGCGUAUAAAUAUUGGAAACUCUAAGAAUUCCCAGCACAGAAAGGAAUUUUACAUGUCGUGUACGGUCAGUGUUGUAAACCUGUGACGUUGUUGUGAAUAUAUAUUAACAUAAAAGAGACUUUUUAUCAGUUUAGAAAAAAAAUAUUUGAAAAAAUAUAUAUUGACGUUUUUAUACUUUUUGAGUGUGUACAGUAAAAAUUUAUAUAUACGUUAUUUCGUGUAUAUAAUAUUUUAUACUUAGUGUUAUAUAUUUGUUACUUUUUGAGCACAAGUGCUAUAUUUUAGUGUCCUAAAUUCACUUAGAUAAACUACAAACAUGGUGGCCGGUGAUGAAGACAGGAAGUUGUUUGUGGGCAUGCUCAAUAAACAGCAGACAGAAGAUGACAUAAAACAUUUAUUUACACCUUUCGGACAAGUUGAGGAACUGACCAUUCUUAGGGACCAAAAUGGAAACAGCAAAGGCUGUUCAUUCGUGAAAUAUUCCAACCAUUCUGAGGCCCAGGCCGCCAUUAACAAUCUCCAUGGAAGUCAAACAAUGCCUGGUGCUUCAUCCAGUCUUGUUGUAAAGUUUGCGGAUACCGAGAAAGAACGACAACUCCGUAGAAUGCAGCAGAUGGCGCAAUCAGUCGGGCUCCUUAACCCGUUAGCGUUGUCCCAGAUCGGGGCAUACGGUGUAUACGACCCGCCAAGAAAUCUUCAAGUGUACCCAGACACGCAGAUUAUGCAGCAGCAAGCUUUAGUUGCCGCAGGCCAAGGUCAUUACUUGACACCCGUCACACUGGCACAAAUUCCACAGGCUGUGACAGCACUUGCCGCACCGAAUGGUAUCUCCACGGCAACCAUGACCCCUACAACAGCCUCUCUCGCUAACGGUGAGAGUACAGCAUCAACACCUAUUAGUGGAGCGCCCCCUAGCGUGCUUUCACCAACACCCGUGGCCGGAUUUCCAAUUGCCCAAAAUGGCCAACAAGAGAUUUACGCUAACGGAAUUCCGGCUUAUGCAGCACAAACUAUCACCAAUGGGGACCCAUCACAGAUAUAUACUGCAGUGACGCCUUAUGGCAUUGGGGAAUACCUCACUGCUUACCCAACCGCAUUCAAUCCGAUUCAACAAGCCCUGUUACAGAACGCUGCACUGAUGCCGACAGCUCAAAAAGAAGCAGUGCUGACUUCUACAGGACCCGAUGGCUGCAAUCUAUUUAUAUAUCACCUGCCACAAGAGUUCGGCGACGCGGAACUAGCACAAAUGUUUAUGCCAUUUGGAAAUGUUAUUAGUGCUAAAGUCUACGUGGAUAGGGCAACCAAUCAGAGCAAAUGCUUUGGGUUUGUAAGUUUCGACAAUCCAGCUUGCGCUCAGGCGGCGAUCCAAGCUAUGAACGGGUUUCAAAUCGGAAUGAAGAGACUGAAGGUCCAACUCAAACGACCAAAAGACGCUUCGAAGCCAUACUAAAAACAUAUUCCUUGAUUAUCGGUGUUGUAGAAACAGCAAGAGUUUUUUCUAGUCCGUGGCAUAAAGAGUGACGUAAAAACAAAGAUGACGUCAUAAGAGUACUGAGGAAUAAAAAACAAUCACGAUCACAUUCACACAAUUAUAAACUUAACAUAAGGAAAGUGGGACUCAACUGUACACGUCACAAUUUGUAGAGACCACCCGCCGAGUUUGAAUUGUACAUAGAUUUUUUUUCUUCACAAUUUUAUUUCUUGAUUUUGUAAAUAUAUUCUUUUCAUUUUUAUUACAUUAUCUCUUAUGAAUUUUAAAAUGUUACUUUUUCAAUUGAUAUAUUGCUUAUUUAACAAGUUAAACUGAUAUAACAGACAUUUUUCUGGUUAAUGCAAUCAAUUCAUUUUGUAAAAUAAGCCACGAUUGGCCAUUUCUAUUUUCAAGCAUCGUCUGAUCUGAUUGGCUUAAUUUUUUAAUAAGUUAAAUAUAGUAACCAAUCAUAAAUAUUUUUACUUUGGACGUCUUUUUUUAUCCCUAACAAGUUGCUAAGAAUUAUUGUAUUUUACCAGACGAUUAUAAUCUUCGAUUUAUUCCCCUUGAAUAUAUCUCAAUAAAAAAAGAGUUUAAGUUAAAAUUGCAAUUUAUACACCUAGACAAUUAAUCAAGAGGAAUAAAUCGAAAUUCUGUACAUAUAUUUAAAUGUCAAUUAUGUAUACUCACAGUGUUAAAUUGUGUUUUCCAUUUAAAGCCCUAAUGGGGAGAUGGAUCAGAUAGUUUUUCACUGUGUAACAAAUUGUUUUGGAGCUUUGUGCAAUAUGUUUUCGUGUAAGUGCUGAAAAUCCGGACAAAUCCGGACUGAUUGGAACGGGUUUGAAAUCGGGGUGCAGGUUUUAUUCAAAUGAACUUGAUAACUUAUUCAUUAAAAAAACACACACACACACAUGAUCAGAUUUUUCCUUUUUGAAAGAAGAUUUCUUGAAAAAGUAUGUUGAACAAUUGAAGUUACUUCGCGACAGAAUGAUUUUAUUAACAUUAUAAACUUGCAUCCCAAAAUGCGUUUGUUUCGGAGAUUAUGAUCUUUUGGGCGCUAUUUUCUAAACACUACUUUUGAUUUUAUUGUACUAUGUAUUUAUGUGUUAUGUAUUUAUGUAUAAGAUAGUGGUUUCCUUUAAUCGUUUGGUGGUUUUAUUUUCGAUUUACAUUCCAUUUACAGUCAUUGAGUAUAUAGUAUUUUAUAUCAAUGUCUAAUAUAAUUGGUGCAUUUUAUGAUAACAUGCCAAAAUUUACCAACUGUCAUACAAUGUGUUCAAAUGUCGAGCACAUUGUUCUAUCUGUCGGAAUGAUUCGGGUGUUUACGUGAAAGUGUCGAAAAUUACCGAGGAGCUCCGACAUUUCCUAGCUGUUGUCUCGUAUCACGUGAUGUAAAUUUUCAUCUGGAUGUAAAUUUUAUAUGAUAUUUUGAUAACUCAGAAUUUUUAUACUCUUUACAAACAUUCUAAAUAUUGUGCAUGGAUAUAUACAUGUAUGUCACGUGGUUUUAAGUAGGAUUCAAACUUAGAGAUUAUGUAGUCUGUAACACUUUCAAAUGUGCUAUUUUUAGAAAGUAACAUCUAUUUUUUAGAUUUUGAUGAUAUAUCUUGUCACAUUGUCAUUGUCGUGACGUAAUUCUGGGUUUCAUUUCCGGUGAUGAUUUGUGGUAAAUUUUGCUUUAAAACUUUCAUUUCAGAAGGGAAACCAGUGUCUUAUAUGAACAAACAUUAUCUAUCUCAUUGCUUUGGGAUAAAAUGUUUGUUAAUGUCUAUAUAAAACAGGCAAUAUAGCUUAAAUUUUCCAAUCAACAUUCACACAGAUACAUCCAAGGGAAAAUCAUGUUAUCGUCCAAUUUUGGCGAAUCUGAACACGAUAUUAAGAAAUUUGAACAUUCAUGUUCACUUUACUUGUUUUAUUUUAGUGCAAAUCAAAUGAAAUUCAAAUUACUUGCGUGUAAACAAACAAACCACGAUUUUUUUACAGUCGGACAGAUUAAGCUAUAUUUGCCUGUUUAUAUUUUACUAAAAUCUAAGUUGUGACUUAGAAAAAAUAUGGACCAUUCCUUACAUGUAGAUCAUUAACAUUGAUCAUAUAUUUGUUGCCAAGAGGAUUUUUUUCUUGUACAUAUAUUAUAUCAUGAACAAAUCAUUUACUUAUAACAAUCAUGCUUUAGAUUAUAGAAUUAGCUAGACAUUUAAUUAGUUAGAAUUUCACUUUAAAAUUUAUUACCAAUUUAAAAUAGCUUUCUUUGAAGAGUUUUAGAAUUUAAUUUGUUAUUUGAAUGAGUUAAGCUAUGGUUACAUAUCAGUUAAACAAAAUAUCAAUUUUAUAGCUCUGUUUUUGUAUGCCCCCAAUGUAUUGAUCCCCUGACGUUAGCAAUAGUCUGAAGGCCAAAUGUGUUUAGAUACGAACAAAAAUAAAUAUCAUAUCUUUUUUUGUUCAAAUUAGAGCAUGGAAAUAACAUCCUCACCUAUAAAUAGUAGUACUUUUUGAUGAUUAUCCAUUCUUGUACAUUAAUACUGGAAACCGUUUGUCCACUACAUAUAUAUUCGGUAUUCCUUGUGCGUCAAUGUAGAAAAUAUUGUAAAUUAAUCAAAAUAUUUUGAAAAAAGACUAUAUUUGCACAAAAGGGGGAUAGCGUUGAAUCAGAAACUGUCAAUAAUUUACAAGACAAGGUUUAAUCAGCAAUUAAAUGCAAAACUCAAGUUAGUUUAUGUUGUCUAUCUAUUUAUACGACUUUGUUAAACUUGUUAACAAUAUCUAUCUCAGAACUGGUUGAAUUUGUUAAUAAUAUUCUCGUUUUAAAUAGCUUAUGAUGUAAAUAUUUUCUAAACUUUUAUUAAAUUAUUUAAUUCAUUAAUUAAUUCACUUAUAUUUAUAUUAAUUUGUUUUUAAUUUUAGAGAGCUGUCACAUGACUCUUUAUGUAUAUAUAAUGUAUUAGAUAUUUCAGAUUUCUUUUCUUAAGAAUCACGUGUGCGAAUGUCACAACUUUUAAAGUUGACAACAAAUAACAAUUAUACUGAGUUGUGAGCAAUCCUGCACCUUUGUUAUUUUUGAAUCAUAUCACGUGACUCUUUAAGAUAUGUUAUCUGACAUUUCAUUGGUUGUCGCCAGGCACCACCAUUUUGUAAAUAUUAACAUAGAUUUUAGCGUUAGAUUCAUUCAUCAUUAUAUUUUAGCACCUCAGAUAUUUUGUCUUAGCUUGUUACGGUACCUAAUAGAGAUUGCCUUUAAUGUCUGGUAACAAAAUUCUCAUUCUGUACCCGUCUUUCUUUGUGACGUGACGUCUACUCGUUGUUGUAAGUAACCAGAUCUGAACAUAUCUAUAAAUAUCUAAAAAUUACAAGUGUUGAUAUAUGCAUGGGAGAGUAUAGUACAAGGAGCGUACUCGCACGUAUCCGAAAAAUAGUCAAAAUGAUUUUUAAUUCCUUUUUUACUAAAAACUAUAGCUCAAUAUUAAAGAUAUAUUUAAUUUGAUGGCGGAUGAGAAUUUUGUUUCCAGUCAAUCUUUAUAGUCGUUGUGUUCAUUGAACAUUUCUAGAAAUCCUCAUGUACAGUGAUUUGUCAUAUUAGACUUAUUUUUAUUUCAAAGUUGUGAAUAGUUUUUCAGCUUAAAGAAAUAAUUUCAUAUUUCAAAUCUCGGUACAUGACGAUUGCUAGAAAUGCAAAAAUAUACGUGCAAUACACAAAUGUGUUUUCUAAAAGCUGAUCGUACUUUAUCUCAAAGUUCUAGGGUCGUAAUGAAACGACUCACGGAUAGCUUAUACUCUCCACCAUAGUUUCCUCUUCUUUCACUUCCGGAAACAACAAAAUUGAUGACUUCCGGAAACAAGCGGAAGUGAACUAUAGAAUAGCAUGGUAAUUUUCAUUUGAUACUCUUUUUAUUGAGACAAUUAACUUUAGAUAUCUAGGAUCAGUUUCUAGGAAACCACACAGAAGGGGAAAACUAGUCUUUAUGAAGUAUUCUCAGUCAAAUUUGUUACCGUUUUGUUUUGUUUUUUUAUCUUCUUCGGUUAUUUGUAAAUUAGUGUUUUUCAUUUUUAACGGCGAUUUACUCUGAAAUCAAAAUCAUUAUUUUUUACCAUAAAUGGAAUAUGUUAUUCACAUGUAGACUACUUGUUUUUAAUUGAAGAUAAAUAUAUCAUAAGAAGUACUAUUCUGCUAGGAUAUAAGGAAGAAAAUGUCACUUGUUUACACUUGUAUACCUAAUAGUAUGUAGACAACUAAUUAUUGUGUGCAAGCCCCUAAUUGGCUUAUUUCUUUUCUUAAGUAUAAAAAGCAAUCUAGAAUUUUCAGGAUAUGUCCAAAAUUAGUAAGUCACCAUAUGUUUUAAUGAUUGUUGACAAAUGAUUUAUUUGUCUAAAUAUGACUCACAUCGGCAUAUUUCUGGCAGUUUAACACUCGCAGAAAUAUUUGUGUUCUACAUGUGGAUAAUUUGUUCUUAGGAUUUUUUGUUUUACUUUACCAAUUACUUACAUCCUAAAUUGUGCAAUUUCAUUUUUUACAUCUCAUCAUCUCUGUUUUUUACAAGCAGAAUAUCCCAUCAUAAAAUCAAUUUUUAUUUCAAUUCGUAAUUAAUACUUAAAA